AAUGUACAGCAGAGAACUACGAAUAUAUAUUUGCUGCUUUAAAUAUAGCUAGCUUGCAGAGAAAUGUAUGGAAGUUAUAUUGUAAACGAAUCUAAUGCUUGAACAAUGUCUUGGGCAUAUUGUGAGAAGAUCAUAACAAUGAUAAUUCUUGCACAUUUCCUUUGACAUUCUCUGUAUGCUAGUUUACAUCAUCUGAACAGCUGUGUAGGAUAGAUAGACUUUCUCAUAGGAAGAGAUGAAAAUUGUUAACCCUUCUUUGCAGAAAAAACCGACAGCAAAACUCAGAACAGAAAACAGAAAUUCUAAAUUCUACUAGUUAACUAAUCUAACUGUAUGGCUGUGGUUGUAUAAAGCAGGAGGUAGUAAAAUUAAACCUAUUUCCUAAGUGCUUUCGGUAGAGUUGAUAAAGAAUUUUGGUGCAGGUUUGUCAAGUGUUGCUUCCUUCACAGUGUAAAGCACUGACCUGGCAAAAGUAAUGCGAGUGAACCGGAGUAUGAUGAAUAUCUUACCCAGGUGCUGUCGGGGUGGUUUGCCACGUAUGCAGUGAGAACCUGGCAGUGGGCCUGGCUCUCUGACACCUGCAUGGCUGUCACUGGCCAGCCCUUAGGUUUUGCACCUUCUUUGGAAACAAUGCUGUGGGAAGGUCAGAUUUGCUCAUCAGAACUAAAAUUAUCCUUAAGCCAUUGUACUUUAACACUAGGGGUUUUGUUCCAGUGUUUGGUCUUUAAAGAUGCUGGGAGCCUUAGGCAUGGCACGUAAUAGACAUGUUGGCUUUGUUAGCUUGCCUCGGUUACUUGAAAACUGAGCCAGAAGGCUUGCUGCCUCCACACACCACAGCUUUUUGUCAAACUGUUGCAGUUAAAGGAGGUGUUACUGGCCCUAAGUAGUCAAAAUAAUUGCUUCAGUUCUGGGAAUAGCCAAGCUAUGGUCCUGUGCCACCGAUAGCUUUGUGAGCAGGAAUAAUUUGGACAUGCCUUAAUGGUGCUGAGCACCCACACUAUGUCUGGAAAUGUUAAUUGCGAUUCAGCAGCCAGGUCAUUACUUCAAGUGCCAGGUCAUUACUUCAGGUGUUUAAGAACAGAUUGAAGACAUCUGGUUAGUCAUUGCCUAAGGGUUGAUCUGAGUCACCACGCUCAGGUGUCCGUCUGUCAGUGGGGAAAUGAAAAGUUGCCCGUUGUACAGCGUGUUAUGAGAUGAUGUCUCACCCCAGGGUACAGCCUCUCCCAUUGCUCUGUUCCAGUUAAAUGCUUCCAGAAGCCUGGUAGGACUAAGUGUUCUUGGGGUGUGUGCAGCACACACACAGGCUGUUUGAAGAGCUGAGUGGAGAAACAGUCAAGGAGCAUUCUGUGCCAGCAGAGGUGACCAUGAGAAGAGCUCAAAGUUUUGCCCCCGACCUUUUGUACAAGUUCAGCAAGGAGAUGGGGCUUGAUACAGCUUCUUGUCCUCCUUCUUGCUCUGCUCAUGGCCCAGGGCUGUUGGGAGGAGCACACUGCCAUUGCUGGGCAUGCACUGGACCCACUCUGCCUUUCACUGAGAGCAGAGAGGUGCCAGUGGGCUCCCGUGGUUCUGAUCUGUGCAUUGUUUUCCAGUGUGCUCUUAGGGCAGCAGUGUCUGCGGAUGGCUAGCAGUUCCCCAGUGAUUUGAGUGUGUUGAGAUGUUCCAAUGAAAGGUGCCUCCAGGGUUAACUGUUAGCCAUUCUCCCUGCCUGCUUACCACAGUGAGAUGGUGCAUUCUGCAAACAGCACAAAAACCCCUGGCAAACAGAGCGGUGGGAGCAUUUGGUAAUGGGUAAACUGCAAAAGAUCAGAAAUAGGGGGUAGCCUUUCUUUAAGUGCUUUGCUUAAUGGACUUGCAUUUAUUUCCUUUCUUGUUGGCCACUGGCAACGCUUUUCUGUCUUUGCCAUGGUUAUAGCUGCAUGUACUUGCUCAGUGAGAUUUAUUAAAAACUCCUCAUUGUGCCCCAUCUGGACUGCCAUGCUGAGAGAUGACCCCUGGUAUCUGCAAGCUUCUGCACAUCAGCUUACUGCUUUGCUGCUCCUGCCAGUGCAAGGCAUGGAAGCGCCUUUUGUCUGCAGUGGGAUUGGAAGGAGUCAGCCUUUGUUUCUACAGUUUAACAUUUUGAAAUUACCGAAUAUCAGAAAAAAUAUGCUCAGUAUGCAAAAAAUACACCAAAAAAUGCACUUGCAGAGGCUAAGAAACACUGGAUGGCUUAAAGAAAUAAAGAAAGAAGUGAAAUAGUUCUUUGGUUGCUAGGAUGCUUCUUUAUCGCUGAUAGCAGUGUGAUUUGGGGUUUUUUCUCCUUCUAAUGUAAUUUAUUCACUGUGGUUAGAGCACUGCUACACUGUGUUUUGACAAUAGGUUUAAGUAAAUGAGAUAGCUGGCUAGUGCCACGUGAAGGGGGUGUUUGAAGUGCAGAUUGGCUCAGGGUUUUCAUUUCUCUUUGAAGGAAAGAUAAUGAAGAGCGUUAGCAAUGGAAAUUUGUGAUUAUUGUAUAUUGAAAAUGCCAUAAACAGCAUUUACUCGGACAUUUGUCCCCGGAUUUACUCUGCAUGAUGUGUUUGCAAAGAAGCACUUUGCAUCUCUUGCAGCUGAGCAGAGAAGUGUGAAUUGAUAGCAGAUAUUUCAGUUAGAGUUAAAGGCACAGGUCGGGGGGUUUAUCAUCGGGGAAGGAGAUAGACGUCUGCUUCUUUGUCUUUUGUAUUUUGUGACAAAGGAUUCCCCAUCUGAAUUGCUGCGCUCCAUCCGAGCCCCCUCCGAGCCUCUGGUUAGCAGCAGUCAGUCUUUGCAGUGUCCUGACGUCAUCUAGUGUAUGCAUGAGCUAUGCUAUUGUCUUACCGAGAGCAGGGCUGGGGAUUGCAGUAUCUGGUGUCCGCUACCUAUCUCUGCCCGCCGCUCUCGCGGGAGCGACGCCGGCCUUCCCUUAUCUCUUGGAUUUAAAACAGAGGCUCCUGCCUUUGGCUGCCCGAAGAAGGACCUUCGCUCUGGGGGCACGUAGAGCUAUCUGCAGCGUGGAGCAGAGGAGGGGAGAGGAGGAGAGAGGAGAGGAGGGUCUGGCAGCUUGGAUAGCUCGGACUGCAUUGUCUGCCUUCAUGACCCCUGCUGUGUAGCGAUCUCAUCCCUGCUUUCAUACACUCCCUCUGUCUUCCACUCUUUCUUCUCUCCUUUUUAAAAUAGCGGCAUCUGGGGCCAGCCAUGUUUGGCACCGAAUCUUCAUGUAAGUAAAUGCAUCCUGCUCGCAUCCUCUUUCUGUUUGAACAGGGCCGGUGGUAUUGUUUGCUGCCUGCCGCGGUGCCAGCCUGCUUACAAAGGGAUGGGGGAUGCAGGAGGGUGGCAUCCCCUCCAUGUGGCUGCAUCCCGGCUGCGGGCUGCCAGAGCACCGAGGGGAAAAGGCAGCCUCCUUGAAUGUGUUAAUUGAUAAGCUCGUCCUAAUUGAUAAGCUUGUCUGAUGGACCUUGGUUGUGAGCACUCCGGUGAACGUGCUGCAUGGAUGGUACAUAUAGGGGCUGAGAUUGCGGCAGCGUGAGAUGGGCUGAAGAUGGGAGGGAUGGCUUAAUGUGACAGAAAAGAUGGUCUCGUUGGCUUUGGUUCUGUUUCUGGGAGCAGGGAGGCUGUCUUGGGAUCCUUCCUGUGUCUGGGGAAUCCAGAAUUAAAUCAGUUGAGUGGAAUGCUAAAUACUAGAAGUCGUUCUAAAUGUCUAAAUCAGUGAAAAAUCCAAAAGAAUGGCAUUGUUUAUUUGUUUUGUUGUUGGUUUUUUUUUUUUCCCGAUCUCUGUGCUGGAAAAUCGUAGCUGAGCUUGCCAUGUAACAGCAACACAGACACAUGCCUUGGAAAACAAGGAGCUUUUCUUCAAUGGGAGCAGCAGUCGGUUCCCUGCAAACCUGGCUGUAGAUGCAGCCUAGGGUUUGGGUGGAAGUGGUGGUGCUGGCGCAGCAGUGGGGGGGACCCGUCUUGUCUUAUCUGUGAUUAUCCACAGGCUGAAAAAUGCUGCACUGUACUUCAUGCCCAAAUAACACCGUGUGUUGCAAACCGACCCUGGCACGAAGCAGAGCAUCUUCCUGCAGGCGUUGGUGCUGCAUCCCCACACCACUGGGCUGGGGCUGCUCUGCAGCUCAACUGCUGCCAGGCAGCUGUGAGAGCGUGGGGAGCCCUGGGGACCCACUCCUGGUGUGAGGCUGGGCUGGGAAUGGGCGGCUGCUCCCUCUGCCAUGCCGUGCCCAGCCAUGGUCGGGCAGAAAAACCUGUGCCCAGUUCCUGUCUGCUUUAGAAUGGUUUUUCAUGCACUAAACAUGCUUGAAGCUCUUGGUCAAUGGAGCACGAGCAGAAAUACCCAUUGUUGUGGCUGCGCCUGUUGAUGUUGUGGCUGUAUUGAUACAAAACAGCCUGUGUGUAUGGGGAGGUGUGUGCCUGUGCACACUGCGUAUGAGUGUGCGGUGAAGUACAGUCAGUCCUGCACCUGCCCUCCUGCAGGCAGCACAUGCUGCAAACUUGGGUAGUCAGGAGUAAUGGGUGUUCAUUUCCAUACUGUUCUCUUGCUUUAUGAUGUGCACCAUUAAAUGGUUUGCCUGACACAUCUGUAUGCAGCCACCAGCAUGCUAACUGCCUGUUUCCAUGGCUCCCAUGUGUAUAGAUUUAGGGGAUGGGAGCUUGUACAGUCACUGUCAGCUUCCUGAGGGUGGUCCAGCAGUGUUCAUUCACCUCAGGUACAGUGCAGUGCAAGCAGUUGCAGAAGCUCUGAACCAGGCUGUGCCCUGCCCUUGUCCAAAUGUAUCUCCGUGCUCAGCUGGGGCACAGUGCAGGGACUGGCGCCAGAGGGGCUCUGUGUUACUGGCAGUGCCCUGACUGCUGCUGCUUGGUCCAGGAACCAGUGGGUCUGAAUUCAGAGAAAGAAAAUUGAAUGGGAACUCUUCUGAUCAAAGCGGAGUCAAACUGAACGUUUUUUGGCCUCCCCUCCGCUCCUGUCUUCAUGUUCCUGUUGCCGGAUGAUCAGUGCAGCCAUCUGGUUCUUAAUAUUUCAGUCCUGCCAGAAUGGUGCUGGGUCCACCAGGCAGACUUUCACAGUGCUAAAAUAAAUUCAUAAAAUUCAGCUUUCUCUGUUCCUUUAAAAUCCUACAGGAGCUGUUUCCACAGCUGUUCAAAGAGUGCAAAAUGAGCAGAUUGCAGUUUGUUCAUCCUGCUGGCUUACACGUUGUAUUUAGGAAUUGAUUGGGAAUUCUGUCGCUCAGUGACACAGAUACUUCAAAUGUCAAACACUCCGCAGUUUAGCUUUUGCUUUUUCCUUCUAACAGCACGAGAAGGGCAGCGGGAGAUAACGCGAGGGCAGUGCGGAAGCGCAGCCGUGCUUAUCGCUGCCUGGGUGCUGGGAAAGACAACGUGGGGCACGGCGGUGUGGCGGGGAGCUGGGACGCGCUGUGCUAGCAGAUGCCAGCCCUGCGGCACGCUGCGAGCUGGGAAAGGGCAACGCAGAGCUGUCUGCAGGGAGCUGGGCUGCAGCGCGGCAGCUCCCGUGCGGCCAUGCUCAGUGCUUUCCAUCAGUCACGUGCCCUCUUUGUCAUCCCCACGGGGAACACGUGUGCUGGAAAUCGUUCAUCCUUGGUGCUUUUGUCCUGACCUCUUCCACGCAGCACGGUGUCAGACACAGCAGCUGGGGGAGGCUGGGGCGAUGUGGCUCAGCUGGAGCUCUUGGUGCGAUGUAAAGGAAUGGGGCAGGCUGUGGUUCAGAGCUCGUACAGCUUACGAAGAGGGAGGCUGGUAUGUGGGGCUGCUGUCCUUGGGAAAAUGGGUGGCUGAAGGCUGGAGUGGACAUACUGGAAAGAAUCCAUGGAAUGGCCACUAAGAUGAGGAAGGGACUUGGAGCUUCUCCAGUGAUGAGGCUGAGAGAGCCAGACUCUUGUCAUUGAUGCCCCGUGCCAGGGCAGGAGGCAGCAGGCAAAGUCUGGUUCCCUCUGAACACCUGGAAGAAGCACUUUAGUGUGGUGCUGCAGGUGAUGGAGCACUGGUACAGGUUGCCCAGAGGCUGCGCAGUCUCCUCGGAGAUGUUUAAAGCCUCCUGGUUGUGGUUCUGGGCAACCUGCUCUGGGUGUCCCUGCUGGAGCAGGUGUUGGGCCACAGGUCCCUACCAACCUCAGCCAUUCUGUGUGGAAAGGGAUGCCCUGCCCACUUAUACUCUUUUCUGCUCUGUCCUUCAGUGUUAUUGUUCCUGGGCUAUAUUUUUUUUUCCCAAACUCCCAGCCAAAAUGCAUUAAACGGAAAAGGUUGCACUAAGAUAAUUGAUUUUAUAGCAUCAGGAGUGUCUUGUAAAACUAUGUAAGAGCAGCAGUUAGCAACAGAGAAAUGAGAAACUUCAGUACUGGGUAUUAAGAACAAUUUCUUCUACCUUAAAAGAUGCAGUCUGUGAAGUGGAUGCCCAAGUGCUAGAACGAAGCUCAAGUCUUCAGUUCAUUAGCGAGUAGGGUGACUGGGAUCCAGCUCCAGAGCUGUACAGUGUGAUGGGCAUGGGUGCUGCAGUCCUGGGCCAGAGUACCUGCCUCCUUUCACUAUCCCAACCCUCAGGAGAGCAGCCAGAAUCAACCACUGCUUCAGCCAGUCAGCAGUGACCAUGUUAGCUCCUCAGGCGGCUUUGUUGGGUGGUCAGAUGUGCAGUGGUCCAAAGGAGGGUGGGACCGUGGAGCUGUUGAAACUCUGCUGGGGCAGCGGCCCUGGGGAGGGUGGGCUCCACCAAACCAGCAGGUCACCAAAAGGCUCCGUUCUUAAACACAAAUAGCCAACUGCCAUCCUGAAUUGCCAGCAGUACAGCAGUAAGUUCACAGUGAUGUUUUACUGGUUUUCUUAGGCAACUUUAUAUAGAAGAGAGGCUACAGAAAUUUAUCAAUUCAAACAAAAAGAUUUGAUUGUUGAGAUUCUGGCUGGUCCCCAGCCAGGAGAGCUUGUCUUGAUCUCCCAUCAGUCAGGGCAGUCGAAACAUUGCAGAAUCAGGUCAAAGAGACUGGCUUAGCUACAGCAGCUUCAAAUACCAGAGUAAACCUGGAUUACGAAAGGGAUUGAGAUUGUAGGAGUUGUAAUAAACUUGAUAAAUUCAACAGUGAGACUUCAAGAUAUUUGGAGGGAAACAGUCUCCCCUUCUGCUUUACAAGGGAUUUUAAAUACUUAUUGAAUUGUCACUAAUUUCUUUAAAUAAAGGCUUUUUAAAAAAAUAAUAACCCUGAGAUAAGAGAAGGUCUGUAGUUUAUGUAAACUCCAUUGCUGUAUUACUUCAUUAGCUGCCCUAGGUGCUGUCUCGAAGCGCUUGGCUGUGUGUGUGCUCAGGAGGGCUGGAAGCUCAAUUUAGCUUUCUCCUCCGACAGUGCCAGUGCGAAUUCACUGUGUCGAGCUGUUUUCAAGCAUGCAGCUGUUUGAGAAGUUUAACUGUGCGUUGCUGGGGUGAAUGGAGACAUCUUGCAAGCUAGAUUUGACACACUCAUUUGACAAUCUGAGACCUUCUGGUUCUUGUAGCUAUGAAUCACCUUUUGUGUCUCAUCAGUUUGGAGUUCACAAAUAUCUGAUAAAAGGUUCUGAGUGUGAUUCUAACCAGUGCUGCAGUUGUGUCCAUGUGAGUUUCUGGAACUGGCAGGAGAUCUGAAAGGCAGUGAAUGGAGUACCAUCUUUCUUCCCCCCAUAUUGUCUCAUUAAAGUUGAUCCUUGCCAUAGCUAAAAUCCUAAGCUAUGGUCAGCAGAGGGGCCCAUGACUGGCUAAAAGUGAUAAGAGUUUUUUUAGAUUAAAUAUGGAAAUCAUAGAAUAAUUUCUGUUGGAUGGACCAGCACCUCCUUCAGACCAGGAAUGAUCUCCAGGUUACAUCCAUCUCAAUGGAUGUAUUAUAUGGAUAUUAUACCAUCUCAAUCCAUCCGCAUGUUUGCAAAAUGACAGGAGAUCAAAAUGAGCUUCAGCUGUGACCAGCUUGAUUUACAGAACCAGAAAUAAGGAUAAAUCUUUAAGCCCAAGGGCAGUUGAAAAGCUAUUAGAGUCCCUUUGGGCCACGUGACCCAGAUAGGAAGUGCAGUACAUGUAGUGGGGACUGCAGUGAGCCAGAGUAGAAGCACUGGAGUUUGAGGUGAUCUGGGGGGUAACUAAUGUCAGUGCCACACUAAAAACCUAUUUGCAGAACAGUCUAAGCCUUUUGUUUCCAUCUGAGCUAAAAUCGCCUGCUGAUCACUGAAGCACCAGGGAAGGUCUAUGAAGUGCGAUGAAGAAAAGAGCACUGUAAAUUCAGGGAGAUGGAGUGUUCCAAGUUUCAGGAUCAACAUGUAUCUUUCCUGUUUGUUAAAACACUGCUAAAACACCAGUAUUUAGACCCUUUCAUAUGAAGGUCGCUAUCUAUAGCAAGGACUGAAAGAGGCUUAGAAAUGCCAUUAUGUUCACUAUUAUAAAGGAUAGGAUAUUGAGCCUCUGUAAUAGGGAAUAAAGAUGUAUAACUACAGAGAAAAACAUCCAGAAUCAUGUGUAGCUCAGUGGAAAAUUGGCUGGCUGUGUUAUGUUUGGCCAACGAGAAGCCUAUGCUCAAAUUAUGAUCAAAUUAUGAUGCUCAGAAACCAAGAUUCUGUGUGGACCCACAUUCUGCCUAGGCCAAGAAAUAUGCCACUGCUUUCAGCAUCAUAUGGAAAGUAUUUUAAGAGUUCCUAAAGCUGUCUGUGGAUUUCAUUUUGAAUUGGCAUCUUGAGUUAUAUCGAGUAUUUCAAACAGUACAUGGAAAUCAGAAGGGAAAUUCUUGUGAGACUCUUGGGCAGUGAUGCAAAAUUAAAGUCUCUUGUGUAUGACUUCCUUCAAGAAAUAUGGUGGCUGAGAAGGUCUUUCCUCAGUGCAGGGAAGUGAAGGAUGUGGAAUUGGCCCUCAGACAGACAGUGGUUGAGCCAGAAGUAGGAGCUUAGAAUGAAAAUGUGCAAAACUGGCAGCUUUUUAUGAGAAAUAUGUAGUUGUAGUGGAGACUUUCCACAUUUGUGUAGUCCUUAAAUAGAUUUUCUAGAGAAUUGACCGGGCAGGGAAGGGAUGAGAGUGAUGUGAAUGAGCUCUGAAAGAAUGUAAUUUGUACUCAGAAGGUCUGUAGCCUGAGAUGCUCUGGGAAGUUUUGAAGAUGACAAUAUAAAGAUUGCCCAUCUCCUUUUGCCUCUCAUCUUCAGCAUGCUACUCAUUAGCCCAAUGAUUUUGCACAUACAGUGAGAAUGUGAUUUCAUGUCUCUCAUCAUACCAGCAAAUGCUGGCUUCCAUGUUGCUGCUAGAACUGGGUCUUGGAAAGCUGCUGUGAGUGUGCCUUUCCUGCUGCACUCAUUUGACUGUGGAAGAACCCAUCUUGUGGUGCAUCAAGGAAAUUUAAGAGGUUGUGUUCUUGAUGUUGAUGAGUUGUACUUAUGAAAGUGCAGCAAAAGGAAAAUGUACUCACUCGCAUCCUUUAAAGUUCCUGCAUGAUGGUAGUAGAAAAAGAAGAUUGCAUAUUUUUCACUUUAUACGUUGUCUGCAUUUUAAAAAAUAGCAAGGGACCUUGCUAUUAUGAGAUCACAACUGGAAAGUGAAUUAUGACACGUACAUUGCAGCUCUGUGGAGUGCAGAAAAUGGCAGCUGAGUCCACGUGUAAGUUCACUGCUGCAAGAUCAGGGAAAACUACCAUAAGCAGACAGCAGCAUCCCAAGCAGAACCUGAAGUGCAUGAAUGACUGGCUGUCCAGUACUCAGUCACACCAAUUCUGAGAAAGCUUAGCACAAGGAAAAUACCACUGGUCGUAAAUUAAAGUACAAUGAGUAUGUUUUUGAACACGUUAACCCCCAAGUUCUAUGUUGCCCUGACGGGCACUUCCUCAUUGAUCUCGGGACUUAUUUUGAUCUUCGAGUGGUGGUACUUCCGCAAGUACGGGACGUCCUUCAUCGAGCAGGUCUCGGUGAGCCACUUGCGCCCUCUGCUGGGCGGGGUGGACAACAGCGCGCCCAGCGCGGCCAACGCCGCCAACGGCGAGGCGGACUCCAGCAGGCAGAGCGUGUCAGAAUGCAAAGUCUGGCGAAAUCCUUUAAAUCUGUUCAGAGGAGCUGAAUAUAACCGGUAUACAUGGGUAACAGGAAGAGAACCUUUGACUUACUACGAUAUGAAUCUUUCAGCACAGGACCAUCAGACAUUCUUUACAUGUGACACGGAUCAUUUAAGGCCUGCCGAUGCCAUAAUGCAAAAAGCCUGGAGAGAGAGAAACCCCCAAGCCCGAAUUUCUGCAGCACAUGAAGCUUUGGAAUUGAAUGAGUGUGCUACUGCCUAUAUUCUUUUGGCUGAAGAGGAAGCAACAACUAUUGUGGAAGCAGAGAAGCUGUUCAAGCAAGCUCUGAAGGCUGGAGAGGGCUGUUACAGACGCAGUCAGCAAUUGCAGCAUCAUGGUGCCCAGUAUGAAGCCCAACACAGAAGGGACACUAAUGUGUUAGUUUAUAUUAAGAGGAGGCUGGCAAUGUGUGCAAGAAAGCUGGGAAGGACCAGAGAAGCAGUGAAAAUGAUGAGAGAUUUGAUGAAGGAAUUUCCUCUUCUCAGCAUGUUCAAUAUCCAUGAAAACCUCCUAGAAGCUUUGUUAGAACUGCAAGCAUAUGCGGAUGUCCAGGCAGUCUUAGCGAAGUAUGAUGAUAUAAGCUUACCAAAGUCAGCAACAAUAUGUUACACAGCUGCAUUGCUCAAAGCCAGAGCUGUCUCUGACAAAUUUUCUCCAGAGGCUGCCUCAAGGCGAGGGCUGAGUACUGCAGAGAUGAAUGCAGUAGAAGCUAUUCACAGAGCAGUAGAAUUUAAUCCACAUGUGCCAAAAUACCUCCUAGAAAUGAAAAGCUUAAUUCUGCCCCCUGAACAUAUUCUGAAGAGAGGGGACAGUGAAGCAAUAGCAUAUGCUUUCUUUCAUCUUCAACACUGGAAAAGGGUAGAGGGAGCAUUGAAUCUCUUACACUGUACAUGGGAAGGCACUUUCAGAAUGAUCCCCUAUCCACUGGAAAAAGGACAUCUUUUCUACCCUUACCCUAUUUGUACAGAAACUGCAGAUAGAGAACUACUACCGUCAUUUCAUGAAGUUUCAGUUUACCCCAAGAAGGAGCUUCCCUUCUUCAUCCUCUUCACUGCUGGCCUAUGUUCUUUCACAGCCAUGCUGGCUCUCCUGACACAUCAGUUCCCAGAGCUUAUGGGGGUCUUCGCAAAAGCAUUUCUCAGCACCCUCUUUGCCCCUUUAAAUUUUGUGAUGGAGAAAGUAGAAAGCAUCCUGCCCUCCAGCCUGUGGCACCAGCUGACGAGGAUCUGAGGGAGCACCCGCUGACUGACUGCCACGACAUCUGCUGUGCCAACUUUUGGUUGACCACAAGAAAGCAUGAUAAAAAAGGGAAGCAGUUCUAAGACUGAAAAAAUCUUCAUGGAUUGUCUGUUCUCAUAUAAAAACUGUUUCGUUGUACAAAAUUCAUUGAUGUUAGGUUCUAUUAUAUUUUGCCUUCAGAAAAGACAAACUUAAAAAUAAACUUUUGUGUAUUGCAGCAUCGCUGUCUUUUGGCUUCUUCUUCAAAGCUCACAUCGUGCUUUGUGUGCUUA